CGCCGUCGCUUCAGAGGGAGAGGAUACGCUAUUCGGUCGAGGAGACGUUGACUGAAAUUCCCCUAAAAUGUCUAUGUACAGGAAUACUGUUUGGUUUCUGAAAGGACUGAAGGAAUAUACUAAAAGUGGAUAUGAGGCAGCAAGCAAAGGGUUCAGAGACUCCGACCUGGAAGUUGACUGCACCGGAAAGCACUUCAUGAUAACAGGUGCAAACAGUGGAAUUGGCAAAUGCAUCGCAACAGAGAUUGCCAAGCGAGGGGGGACAGUCCACAUGGUGUGCCGGAACCCCAAGACAGCGGAAGAGGCCAAGGGAGAAAUCACAGAAGCGUCAAACAAUCAGAAUGUCCAUCUACACAUUUUGGAUAUGUCGGUGCCUCAUGAUGUCUAUAAGUUCACACAGACCUUCAUGGAGCAACACGACCAACUGCAUACAUUGGUUAAUAACGCAGGAUGCAUGAUCAACACCAGGGAGGUCACCGACGAAAAUCUCGAGAAAAACUUUGUGACCAACACUCUAAGCACGCACAUUCUGACGACCAACCUCAUUCCUCUCUUGAAAAAAAGUGAGAAACCCAGGGUGGUGAUAGUCACGUCAGGAGGAAUGCUCGUACAGAAGCUCAAUAUCGAGGACCUGCAGUUCGAGAAGAUGAAGCCCUUUGACGGAACAAUGGCCUAUGCCCAGAACAAGAGACAGCAGGUGGUGAUGACGGAACAGUAUGCCAAGCAAUAUCCUGAUGUUCACUUCUCCUGCAUGCAUCCUGGUUGGGCAGACACACCUGCAGUGAGGAAUUCCAUGCCAGAAUUUUACAAUAAGAUGAAGGACAAGUUACGGAGCCCCACUCAAGGAGCAGACACAGCUGUGUGGCUCGCUGUGUCACCUGCGGCUUUGGAACAGCAGUCUGGUCACUUCUUCCAAGAUCGCAGUCCAGCAGCAACUCACCUUCCCUUAGCCUGGACGAAAGUCUGCACCAAAGAUGAAGAAAACUUCAUGACUGUUCUGAGCGAAUUGGCAGCCAAAUUCAAGGCAUAGAUUAACGAGAUCUUCAGAGCGUCAUAUCCUCUCUUUUUUUUUUUCUUUUCUUUUCUUUUCUUUUGAUUUCCUUUGUCUUUCUCUUCAGUAUUUUAGUGAAUUACUAUAGGGGUAGAGACUUAUUAAGUGUACCAGUACUGUUCUCUUCUCAGCUAGACUUAACUACCUCAUCUAUCAUCACUUCCAUCUUCAUGCAGCUUACAUUCAUAUAAAUGAAGUUCCUCAUAUUACUCAAGAUUUAAAGAAUGAAAAAAAUGCAUGUAUAUACAUAAGUAACAUGGACAUUCUGGAGUAUAAAAAAAUUACUAAAGAUAAUCAAUUAUGCAUUCAGUUAUUCCUGCCUGAACAUCUACAGAGUACAAUCUCAGUGCCUCUAAGCCAUUUAUUAAAGAUAAUCUUGCUGUAGGCAGAUUCAGAGAACUAAUCUUUAAGAACUUCCAGAUGAAAAGAAAGGUCCUCAGGGAUCUUAACUCACUCGAGAUCAGAACUGCUUGCGUGAUUUUGCUUGACAUUAGUGAGUGCUAGACGGGCACUAAAGGCCAGAUCAAUCUUCUUUAUAGAUGUAAUCACACCAUGGAUGUGAAAUGAAAUUUUCUUAUAAUCAGUGUAAUUAUCUAUAUCUAUAUAUUUAUUUAUAUAAAAAUUGAUAUACAUAUAUAGAUAUAAUUCUGCCAAUGAUUUUAUCUGUCAAUUAUAUACUAAGUCUUCAAAUUCUCUAGUUAAUGAUUUUGACACAAUCACUCCCAGAUAUAGAUCAGAGGCAUAAUAAAAUAUAAAGGAAUGAAGUACAAUGUAGAUUGGCAAUAUAACACCCUUAAAUAUGAUUUAACGUCCUCAAAUAUUAAUGAAAUCACAUCUAAAGACUUAAUAAUCAAUGAAUUAUUGUUUUUUGUAGUUUUGAAAUAACUUCUUUGAAAGAUAAGCUUGUAUGGUAAAUGUUUCUGAAAAACAUUUACAGUAUAUAAUAUAUAUAUAAUAUAUAUCAAAAUCUUCAUCCAUUUCUCUAAUGAUCAACAUGAUCUUGAUUUCCAAUUAAUUCAGUGGUGACAGGUUUUUCCCGCACCAUAAUGCAGUGCCUUAUGCAGUUGCUCGAAGGAAAAAAAUAGAAGCACAGGGAACAUAUUUUUCCACUCAGGUGAUUUUGCUGUAGCAUUCACAAUUUCCAGGAAAUGUGGCUUGAAAAGGACUAAGAGCACUUUUGAGGGCUGUGACUCCUCAAACAGUUGUUUAGGACACAACUUAGAACAGCAUAAAAAGUGUUCCUGGCACAAAUGAUGCAUUUCAACUAAUACAUAAAAUAAUAAUUCUCAUUUGUGCCUUUUUUAUAUAGGCUUGACUUCGCUUGGCAUGGUAGUACAUGCCACCUGUCAGCAAGGGUUUUAAUAUCAACUAGGGAAACCAUGUAAACAAAGAAUUUCUUAACAAAAUAUGCCUACCUCACCAUCCUUGUCUGACUUAGCAGAAAGAUUAUAUAUUUCUCCCUCUUUUUACUGAUGCAAUAGGAUUAAAAAUUUGUAGUUUUACCCAAUCAUUUUACAUAAGCUACCAUCUUGUGUGCCAGGUAAUCCAGAACUAUGAUGGAAUUCUGCCAGAACGUAUGAAAAAUAUUUAAAAUGUAUGGAAGAAAUUUAAAAAAAAAACAAAUGCAUGCCACUUACUAGAGGCCUAUUGUAGACAUCUAAUGGACGUGGCAGAAAAUAGUUCAUGAGGAUGGUAAACAUUGCAUUUUGAAUUUUAGAUAGUUUAAAUUUAUAAAAUCAGACAAUCAGUUUAUCAGUUACAUCUAAGCAGAAUAUUCAUUUUUUACGUUGGCUUUGAACAGGCUCAAUGAAUGGUCAGUUUAUAAAAAAUAAAAUAAAAAAUUACCAAGCAUUUUAUUGAGAAGUUUGAAAAGUCUGCUCUGAUGUUUCCUUAUAAACUUAUUUUUCUAGGGACACCUUUCUUGAGGUUUCCAAUUAUGCUUUUAUUUAAGCUGAGAGAAGUCCUGCGCAGAAGAAUGAUAGGAAAUAAGUGCUCAAAACUCAAAUCUCAAAAGUAGGUAGGUCCAACACAAAAAAAAAAAUGUAAUGUCUUGUAUAAUCUUACCUGCAUUAGCUCUCCAUUUUGAAGGUCUUAUAUUUAAUGUUAUAAGUUAUAGUUAUCAUGAAAAUUAUGAAGGACCAUUCAGCACAAUAAUCAACCACUUCCACUUGGUGAGGCGAACCGGUCACUCACUUACAAAUUGUUAAAUACAGAAUUGAUUGUUAUAUUUGUGAGAGGAAGAUGUAAAUAUUUUUGUCUUGUGUCUCUGCAAUACUGAAUAUAUUGCAGAAUUCAAAUGUAAACUAUAUGUCCAAUAAAACCAAAUUAUACAAUCACUGGAAUUUUA